ACCGGAUCACAUUUCUUUUAUCUAAAGAUAUUUUUUAUACAGGCUUAUUACUUUUUCCUCCAACAAUAGAAUCAUACUCGUGAAAUGCAUUUUUGAGAGGCCGAUCUCGUCAACCCCAAUUAAUCUGCCGAUAAGAAAGGAAGAGGAAAAAAUAGGAUCGCACUCCGCAAUCGAAAUGCAAAAUCUAGUCUUGCUAUUGCAUGAGCGAUGCCUUUAGAAAUUACAGGUCUGUUCUUGUAGCUGCACCUGCUGAACCACAUUACAUUUUCUACACUUUAGAACGAAACAGGCAUGUAUGUUACAUUUAGACGUUAGAGAGAAAAGAAUAAAAGAUUGAAAGUGUAGACAGUUCAGCUGCAAAGUGCGGAUCUCAUGUUUACGAGAUUUCAAUCAUCGAAAACGUAACCUCUUUCUUCCGAUCGCAGAAUAUUUUAUGUGUUAAAAAGUGUGUAAAUAAAUUUUUAAUUGAAUUCGUACCUUUAAUUUUUGUCGAUAAUGAGGAAGAACAUGAACACGCGUAUCAGUGGGACAAAUGUCAUUUUGGUACCCUAUCAAGAGAAGCAUGUCACAAAAUAUCACGAAUGGAUGAAAAGUCCCAGCUUGCAGUAUUUAACGAGCUCCGAACCAUUGACGCUGGAGGAAGAGUUUAUGAUGCAAAAACGGUGGUUGGAAGACGAAGACAAGUGCACUUUCAUUGUAUUGAAUAAAUACAUCUACCUGUUGACCGGAAAUGAAGUAGAUGCCAUGAUAGGGGAUACGAAUCUGUUCCUCCAGAAUUCACAGGGACUGUGCAUUGGUGAAAUCGAAAUUAUGAUAGCCGACGAGGCUAGUCGAGGCAAAAGGAGGGGCUGGGAAUCCGUUAUUUUAAUGUUACUCUAUGGCGCCGAAACGUUGAACGUUGAUAAAUUCUGGGCCAAAAUCAAAUUAGACAAUGCAGUGAGCAUAAGAAUGUUUGAGAAACUCGGUUUUCGAGAGGUGGAAAGAAGUGAAGUUUUUCAAGAAGUUACCCUAGAGAAGGAAGCAUCUUCUGAUUGGACGAGCUGGUUGCAUUCCGAAUUACAAACUGUUAUACCUGAUUGACUUCUGCUGUUAUUACAGAUUUAUAGUAAUUUAUAUAUUUGUUAUUGUACCUUAUGCCAAGUAGAAGAAUAUAUCGAGAAUUUUUCAAAAUUAA